GGGCACUCAGGCUAAGCCGUAAAGGUCAAACAAAUUGCUAGUAUAUGGGCACAACAGCCUCAACAACCGCACCGGCAACAAAGCCACUCUUCCUCACUCGCGCAACCUCGUACGCGCCACGAGCCACCGUGACCUUCAGGACGAUGAACCACAAUGAAGAACAAGACCAUCUGGACGCCUUGUUCAAGCAGAAACGAGCCCUCCGGUCCAGGGUCCGCAAGGCCCUCAAGACCAUGGACCCUGCCCUCAGAUCCCAAGAAGACAAUGCCAUUCAGGGUAUUGUUUUGAAGUCUCCGUGGUUUCACUCUAGUGCGAGAUUGUGUGCCUAUAUAAGCUGCAGUGCAUUGCGCGAAGUUGACACCUCAAAGUUGUUGUCAGAAAUUCUGCAAAAUCCAGCCAAAGAUGGUCAUACACAGGGGGGGAAAAGGCUUUAUGUUCCACGUGUGGAGGACAAGAAUAGUCACAUGCGCAUGCUGAACAUCUCAUGUAUCGAUGAUCUUGUUGCGAAUUCGAUGAACAUCUUAGAACCAGCUCCGGUUGAUAGUGAUGGAAAUGAACGCGAAAAUGUUAUGCAAGCAAGUGAGCCAGUUGAUUUGUUCCUCUUACCUGGACUAGCAUUUGACAGAUCUGGAAGGCGCAUGGGUCGUGGUGGAGGUUAUUAUGAUGCCUUCCUGAAGAAAUACCAAGAGCUUGCAAAGGAAAAGGCUUGGAAACAACCCCUCCUUGUUGCGCUAUCCUAUUCUCUGCAGAUAAUGGAUGAAGGAAUCAUACCAGUCACUCCAACUGACAUUCCGGUGGAUGCUCUUGUCUCACCAACUGGUGUGAUUCCCAUCAGCCAAGCUGCCUUAGACAGGAUGAAGCUUUGACAUUGGACUUGGAAACCAAACCUGAUUGCUUUCUUUGAUGACUGGUUCUUCAUUCCUAAAAAAAAUUGAGUUCGGAUUGCUCAUUCGUCCAAAGGACUGUAUAGACUUGAUUGCUUAAAUCUAGAAUGAGCAGGUAUUUGGUAACGUGGAGUCCCAUAAAAAAAAACUCUUUUGGAGAAGUUGCGUGUUCUUAAUGGGUUGGAAGAAAAGAUAGCUUUAGUUGCUAAAGAUAAGUUUGAGGAAAAUCAUGGCUAGAGAUUGGUUGGAGGCAAAAUUCAAGGCCUUUAUGGUUGAAAGAGCGUGAUAAAUGUACGAAUAUUUUCCAUCGACUGGCCAACUAGAAUAGGAGAAACAACUUUAUUGCAGUCAGUGUCAAUAAAUGGCUCGAUUUCUUCUAAUAA